AUGGAUCCCUACUCCGCGGAAGGCGAAUUGAUCAACAUCCACACCCACUUCUACCAGUCACAAUACCAGCAGGUCAUCGACUUCGACACAUCAUCCUUCUCCGCCGAGAACGCCGUGCCCGCGCGAGUGCUGAAGCUGCGAGCCCGCCUCGCCCUUGGACAAGCCGAAGAUGUUCUCGCAGAAGUGCAGGGCGAGACCGUCCCCGAUCUAGAAGCCGUCGGCGCGCUGGCCGAAUACAACCUGGGCAAGACGGACGCGGCGCUGAAGACGAUUGAGAAGCUGGCGGCAUCUGCAGGCGACAAUGUCACUGUCCAGGUCGUUGGCGGCACGGUCCUGCAGGCGGCUGGCAAGUCCGAGGAGGCGCUUGCGCUGCUGUCCAAGCACCAAGGAAGCUUGGACGCCGUCGCGCUCAUUGUUCAGAUUCACCUGCAACAGAACCGAACCGACCUCGCUCUGAAAGAAGUCACCGCCGCGCGGAGAUGGGCGCAGGAUAGUCUCCUGGUGAACCUGGCCGAGGCAUGGGUUGGGGCUCGAGUGGGCGGCGAGAAAUAUCAACAAGCGUUCUACGUCUAUGAGGAGCUUGCCCAGGGCUCUUCGACCUUUUCAGUACAGAGCCUCAUCGCACAGGCUGUGUGCGAGAUACACCUGGGCCGCCUUGAGGAAGCCCAAUCCGCUCUGGAGCAGGCUCUGCAGAAGGAUCCUACAAACGCAGAAGGAAUUGCCAACUUGGUAGUGCUGAAUUCCAUUGCAGGAAACAACAGCGAGGAGCUUCUCGAAUCACUAAAGAAGGUGAACCCUCAUCACCAACUGGUGCUGGAUCUGGAAGAGAAGAGCAGUCUGUUCGACAAGGCUGCCGCAAAGUACAGCGCCAAGGCGUGA